AUGAGACAUUAUCUGGGAAUUAAACAUUUUUUUGCUCCACCUCUCUAUAAAUGCACUGAUGUCUGCCAGACCCGAUCAGCAAAGACAAUUUCCAAGUUAGCCUACCAUAACGGGGUGGUGAUAGUGAAGUGUCCGGGCUGCGGGAAUCACCAUGUCAUCGCCGAUAACCUGGGCUGGUUUUCGGACCUGGAAGGAAAGAGGAAUAUCGAGGAAAUCCUGGCAGCCAAAGGGGAGAAGGUGAGACGUGUGGCUGGUGAGGAAGCCUUGGAACUGCUUCUGGAAAGCUCGGCAGAUACCGGGUCUCAAGGCCAGACCAUGGAGGGAGAAGGUGGGGAAGCCCCCCCUGAGACUGGCGGCAAGGGACAGACCUGACAAAUGGGAUUUGUGUCGUUCUGCUGAUGGCAAGAGAGACUCUUAACCUUUAUUCUCUGAUUUCAAUGGGAAAUUUCUGUGUUUAAAAUAAACUUGGGCAUUGGUCUUUC